CGACUGGCCAGAUAGAUAGAUGGACGAUGGCUCGCCGCUGCAAUAAACGAUCCCGACGCAGAUUGGAUCGUGACGAUGCGCCGCCGUAGCCCGUAAGGUGGGCAGAGGGAUCCUCGAGCUGACCUGGAGGCUUGAGCCUCAAAAAGCUCAUUGCUUCCUGUUUCUCAUUUGAUCUUACUUUGUUUCUCUUCUUCUCCUUCUGCCAUCUUGUUUUCAUCAUUCUUUUUUGCUUGCUCAUUCGUUCCGUCCCUCCUCGGCAGGGCCUCUUCUAUUCUCACCUUCUCGUACUGGUUGCGUGCGCCUUUACACAUCCCGUCGAGGCCUACUGGUUUUCGGCCUCCGCUCGUUUUCGACACGCUAUACUGUUCUUUUUUUCUCUUCGUCUCCUCCGCCUUGUAAGCGCUUAGCAAUGUACUUUAAGAACGUAAUCCCACUCCUGGCCGCGGCACCGGCUGUGCUCGCGAAGGUCCAGUUUCUGGGAGUCGCCAUAGCAGGAGGCGACUUCGGGUGCGAAAUCGACGGAUCGUGUCCGAUCGGCUCUAGUCAACUUCCGCUAAACAAUGACGGGAUCGCACAAAUAAAGCACUUUGUCGAGGACGACGGCAUCAACUUGCUAAGAUUACCGAUAUCAUGGCAGUUUCUCGUCAAUAACAAACUAGGGGGUAGCCUCGACGGCGCCAACCUGGCCAAGUACGAUCAACUAGUCCGGGCCUGUCUCGAUACCGGCGCGCACUGCAUGAUCGAUAUCCAUAAUUUCGCCCGCUGGGACGGCGGGAUCAUCGGCCAGGGCGGGCCCAGCGACGACCAGUUCGUCAGCCUCUGGCAGCAGUUGGCAACGAAGUACGCCGGCGAGGACAAGGUCAUCUUCGAGCUGAUGAACGAGCCGCACGACCUCGACGUCGGCUUGUGGGCCCAGACCUGCCAGAAGGCCGUGACGGCGAUCCGGGAGGCGGGCGCGACGAAGCAAACGAUCCUACUACCCGGCACCAACUUCGACAGCGCGGCGACGCUGCCCGGGACAGGCGGCGGCGAGGCCCUGCUAGCCGUCACGAACCCCGACGGCACGACGGACAACCUGCUCCUCGACAUCCACAAGUACCUCGACGAGGACAACUCGGGGACCCACGCCAAGUGCACGACGGACAACGCGGACGCCUUCACGAAGCUCGCGCAGUUUCUACGAGAAAGGGGGAGGAAGGGUCUCGUCAGCGAGACCGGGGCCUCGCAGGAUAGUUCUUGCCUCGCUGCGUUCUGCGCCCAAAACGCCCUGAUCAACAAGAACUCGGACGUGUUCGUAGGCCUGGUCGGCUGGGGCGCCGGCGGUUUCGACACCUCGUACGUCCUCAGCCUGACGCCCUCGAAGCAGAACGGGCGCCUCGUCGACAACAAGCUCAUGUCCCAGUGCCUCAUUGGGCAGUGGGUCGACUCCAACUCGCCAACAGCCGCGAACACGACGACGAAGAGCUCACAGUCAUCGCCGACGCUGUCUCAGUCUUCCAUUUUCUCACCCUCCACCGUCUCCGCCUCUACCACCGCUUCCGCCUCCGCUACCGCUGCAUCCACCGCCGCCUUCUCCCCCGUCUCCUUCUCGACGUCGACAAAGAAGCCGUCGACGACCGACUUGCCGGCGGCAUCGGCCGGCGGCGCUGACGAGCAGAGGACGGGCACGGAGGAGUGGACGAUCACGCUGGACAAGACGAGCAUCCUGCCGACGGCGGCGGUGCCGUCGACACUGACGAUGCUGCUGGUGGCGACGGGCACGCCGACGGUGCAGCCGGCCAGCAUCGCGCUCGUGGAGGCGUCCAGCUCGUCGUCAGCCGCGCCGUCCGCCAGCGUGUCGCAGGCCGCGCCCCCGGCAUCCACGUCGGCGCCCGCCACGGCCGGCGCCCCCUCGUCGUCGUCCCCGGCUGCGCUGAGCCUGCUCCUGGGCUGCGCUGCCGCGCUGUCAUCGCUCUUCCUGUAAGCGGGCUGCAUCAAUCGGGAACCACGAUACCUACCGACCUGCCUACAGGGCGGCCCCGCGGUGGGGCGGAUAGGUGUGCUGGAGAGGGGUAUCUAUGCCGUUUGGCGGGUCGACCGACGACACGAACAACACAAGGACAGAUGGGGGAUACUGAAACCCGGCCCCUGCGUGGGAAUACGAGAUCGGAUAUCUAAUGUACGGAGGGUUUUUUUUUUCGGGUUUUUUUUCCCGCACUCUGAUACAGGACGUGCGCGCGCGCGCAAAGACUGAAAUACCGGGGGAGACCUAUGGGAUGCGGAAGGGUCGGCCUUGUAACAAUAGUGAUCGUAGCGAACAUGACGGCGAUGAAAUUCUUCGGUAAAUAUUACUUACAAUUCAACAGCGAUGUAUAUACUCAGGCAGAUAAUGUCAAUGCAGAUACCUAUAUCUACGGAU